CAUAGUCUUUGAAGUGCAGCUAAACAUGGACACUUGCAACCUAUAUAAACUCCAAUAAUUGGGAGCGCUUUUUUUUGUUAAAAUGAGAAAAAUAAUAAUAAAAGGUUCCUCGUUCCAUCCCCUCUCCUGCAAACUGAUGCUGAUAUCGGUCCUGGACGAAGAUUGAAAUUUCAUUAGAAUCGCAUGCUGAUUAGGGUUGCUGAGGCGAAAACUAGGGUUUGAGAUAUAACGAGAUUCAUCUGCAGGUGUUUAGGGUUAGGGUUUGGGAUCUGACUUUUCGAAGAGAGAAAUAGUUUGGGUUUCUGACGUAGGAAGAGAGGGAUGGCACUGAAGUUUCUGAACAAGAAGGGAUGGCACACGGGUAGCCUUCGAAACAUUGAGAAUGUCUGGAAGGCGGAGCAGAAGCGCGAUGCAGAGGACAAGAAGCUCGAAGAGCUCAGGAAACAGAUCCAAGAGGAGAGGGAACGUUCUGAAUUCAGACAGUUACAGGAACAAGCUGGCCUGGUCCCGAAGCAGGAAAGGUUGGACUUUUUGUAUGAUUCUGGACUGGCGGUGGGGAAAGGUAGUAGUGGUUCAGAUGGAGGGUUCAAGGCUCUGGAAGCUCCAAAGAUUGAAACCCCUUCUGAAAGUUCUUCCAAGCAACAAGAAUCUGUUCCAGGGGCUCUGUUUGUAGACAAGCCGCACUCUGCAAAUGAUGCAUGGAGGAAACUCCACUCAGAUCCCUUGCUCAUGAUUCGGCAGAGGGAGCAGGAAGCCCUUGCCAAGAUAAAAAACAACCCUGUCAAAAUGGAAACGAUUCGCAAAUCUAUCCAUCAUGAGCAGCUGGAUGUGAAAGAGAAGCACAAAGGAUACAAGUCUCGUGAAAAGAAAAAAAAGAAGCGUAGCCAUCCCCAUGACUCAGAAUCAGAUAUGAGUGAAAGCGAGCGAAGAAAGAGCAAGCACCGCUCUUCCAAGUCCCCGAAGAAAGACAAGGCAUACGAGAGAGACUCAGAAUCAGCUGCGAGUGAAAGCGAGAGACAAAAGAGCAAGCACCACCGCUCUUCAAGGUCUGCUGAUAAAGAGAAGGCAUAUGGUAGAGAAGCCCAUGGAACUUUAGACCAUAAUACUAGGAAGAAUAAUAGUACUGGUAAAAUAAGGGAAGAUGAUAGGAGAGAAGAGGGGAUAUCAUCGUCUUCAUUAGAAGCUAGCAGAAGGCCUCCUCGAAAUGAGCCACCACAUAAGAGAGAGAAGCUUUCAGAAGCAGAGAAGGCGGCGAGGUUGCGAGAGAUGCAGCUUGAUGCAGAGAGGCACGAGAAUCAGAGGUGGAAGAGACUCCACAAGGCCUCUGAGGCCGAUGCUCGAGAGGAGGCGGCAUCCACCAGUAAGGGUCGCGGCGGGCGUAAUUUCUUGGAGGAGACACAAAGGAGAGUGUAUGGGGCAACAAUGGAGAAGGGGGAUGGAAGAGCAUCCACCACCAUUGAGGAGAGUGUUCGAAGCCGAGCUUUCUAUCUCCAAGGCUCCUCUGAGGCUAGUGAAAGAAAUGCUUUCAGGCGCUGAGACCCCAGAGAGAGAGAGGGAUGUUGUAAAUCAAUCAUCAGAUUACAUGUAUGCAUUUCCUUGUAAUUUAUGCAGAGGUGAAAUCUGGUGAGAGAAUCAACUCAGAGCUCCUCGCUCAAGAGCAGUGUCGAGGUCUCCUAGAUUUGUUUUCCCUCCCUUUGUUUCCUCUUAAAAGAAUCUAUUCUUCUACGGCGUUGAGAUUACCUUUGUUAUUAAGAAUCCUAUUUUAUUUUUUUAUUUUUUUUUAGGAUGAAUCAAUGGAUAUGACAGGCCACUACCUGUAUAAAGGGGUACCGCAUUAAGGACUUAUUAGGAGGUCACUCAUCUUAGUACUACUCUUACACAAGUAUGCUUGACUUUCAA